UCGCCCGUGGACUACAUGAGCAUCACCAGCUUUCCCCGCUUGCCCGAGGAGGAGGCGGCGGCGGCGGCGGCGGCGGCGGGGGGGGGCAGCGUUAACGCGGCCGAGAGUUGCCUGCGCUCCAGGAAGGAGGAAGACGCGUUCCUGGGAGAGCAGGACACAGAUCCAGACUCCUUCUUAAAAUCAGCUCGCCUUCAGCGUCUGCCUUCAUCUUCCUCGGAAAUGGGCAGUCAGGACGUCUCACCACUUCGGGAGACCACCAAGGACCCAUUUUCUGGGGACUGCAGCUGUCGCCAGGACGGUCUGACCGUGAUCAUCACCGCCUGCCUAACGUUUGCUACAGGAGUCACUGUGGCCUUAAUCAUGCAGAUCUAUUUUGGUGACCCCCAGAUAUUCCAUCAGGGUGCCGUAGUCACUGAUGCUGCCCGCUGCACUGCCCUGGGGAUCGAGGUACUGAACAAGCAAGGCUCCUCAGUGGAUGCAGCCAUCACCUCCGCCUUAUGCUCAGGAAUUAUUAACCCCCACACAGCCGGCAUUGGCGGUGGAGGAGUAAUGCUGGUUCAUGACAUCAGGAAGAACGAGAGCCGGGUGAUUGAUUUCCGAGAGACCGCCCCCUUCAGCAUCCAAGAAGAGGGCCUUAGGAAGGCUUGGGAAACAAAGCUGGGUCUCUUGGUUGGGGUUCCAGGCAUGAUGAAAGGACUCCACGAAGCACAUCAGUCUUAUGGAAGACUGCCCUGGAGACAGCUGCUGGGCUUUGCUGCGGAUGUGGCUGAGGAUGGAUUCAAUGUCACACAUGACUUAGCUAUGGCAAUUGAAGAAGUGAGGCAACAGCACAAUUACUCCGAAAAAUUCAGAAACACCUUUCUUCCAGAUGGACAGCCUUUGUUGCCUGGUACGUUUAUGAAAAGACCAGACUUGGCUGCUCUUUUAAACUUGCUCGGGUCAAGAGGGGUCUCAGUUUUCUACAGUGGAAAUGUAACAGAAGAGAUCAUUUCUGAGGUUCGUAAUUUUGGUGGUAUCUUGUCAGAAGAAGACUUUAGUAACUACACUGUCUUGAUGGAAAGUCCAGUCCAUACAAUAUACCAAGGUCAUCUCGUUCUCAGCCCAUCCCCUCCACAUGUAGGCCCUGCACUGAUCACAGCUCUGAACAUCCUUGAAGGUUUCAAUAUCACCAGCCAGGUAGCCAGGGAAAAUAUUCUCCACUGGAUGGCAGAGACAUUAAAAAUAGUUCUGGCUCUGGCUAGCAGCUUGGGGGACCCUUUCUAUGAUGCAUCUGUCUCUCAUACUGCAGAAGAAAUGAUGGGACAAUCAACUGCAAACUUGCUACGCCAACUGAUUAAUGACUCCCAGUCUUCUGCCCCUGAUCAUCAUGUUCCACAUUUGUCCGUAGAAAGUGGUCCCUCUGCUAGCCAGGUCCUUGUUAUGGGACCUGAUGACUACAUUGUGGCAAUUGUAAGUUCCUUGAACCGGCCAUUCGGAAGUGGAAUUAUGACAUCUUCUGGAAUCCUUUUAAACAGUCAGAUGUUGGAUUUUUCUUGGGUGAAUAACACAGGGAACCAUUCCAUGGUCUCCUUGAGAAAUUUUAUUCAGCCUGGAAAGAGACCUUUGUCUUUCUUACUACCCACUGUUGUUCGGCCAUCAGAAGGGAUGUGUGGGACUUACCUUUGUCUAGGAGCCAAUGGUGGAGACAAAGCAUUGAGCAGCAUUACACAGGUUUUAGUAAAUGUUUUAACAUAUAACAAGAACCUGAGUGAGAGCCUUUCCUUAGGCCGACUUCAUCCUCAGCUUCAUUCUAAUGUCCUGGAGGUUGACAGUGAGUUUCCUGAAGAAGAUGUCAAGUACUUGAGAAGCCAGGGUCAAGAUGUGGAAAGAGUUGAGGUACUUUCCCUAGUUCAUGGAGCCAGAAGAACCAACAACUUCAUAAUUGGUGUGAAGGACCCAAGAAGUGUGGAUGCAGAAGGAGCCACAAUCUUAUAG